CACCCCGAAUAUUUGACAUCCUUCAGGGGGUAUUGUAUAUGGACUGAAACGAUUGUCACGAUCUAAAACUGGAUAAUCAAUGGUGCAGACGUAGACUUUAUCCUGUAACUGCGAUCUGAGAUACCGGGGAUAUCUCAACCCGCCGCGGGUCUCAGGCACAGACAAGGUCGCCGUGCCUUCUCCUAGAAUCUGAAUCCCUUUAUUCGGCCUGACAGUGAAACAGCACGCCGCUAGUCCGCAGGAUCGAGGGCAGAGCGCGUGUGUGCAUGUAUCGUCCUGGAGACGUGGGAAGCACAGUAAAGUAGCCUGGGUUCUGCGUGCGACUGGCGCCCGCCGGCCAAUUAGAGUGGAGUGGGCUUGUUGGGUGACGUGCACGCGGAGUGAUUACACGUCUUUAUCACUGAGAACCUUAUCACGAACAGCUCCCCUCAGGACAAGACUGCUGCAACAACAGCCAACAUGGCAGCACACCUCCCACUGUUACCGUACGGACGGCUGGUGGUCAUGGUAGUGUUGUCUGUGUGCGCCCGUGCCAGAUCGUGCCUUCAGUCCACAGGUUUCCCUACCAAUGCCUCCUUCUACCGCCCGUACAACGUGACCCUGGCUGAUGUAGCCUCCGAGACGGCCACGGUACAUUGGGACUACGGGUGGCCACCUCAGCCGGACACCGACCUGACCACUCACAACUGCACUGACCGUAGCGGACACACGGACACAAACGCCACCGACUUGGCUCUCACCGGGUUUGACGUCGUGACGAGAGUCGUGGGCGACUUGUACGACACAAGGACGAUCACGACAGUUGACGCAUCGCGCAGAUCCUUGCCGCUCACGUACCUGAAACAGGAGACAACGUACGUGGUGUACGUGUACGCCAUUCACGACGAUAUCGUCAGACUACGCAGCGGCGAGACGGAAUUUUCGACGACAGCAGACUAUUCAGAAGACGGCGAUGCUGUAACGCCAUUGGAAGAGGACGGUGAAGCAUACGACUACGUGACAGAAGAAGAGAAGAAGUUAACUAUAGAAGAGCUCGUUCUGAUUGGUGUCGUAAUACUUGUGUGGCUGUCCGUGAUUGGUCUAUUUCUCCGGCAAUGGGAUCACAUCCGGGGCAUGGCACCACGUGACACCAUGCGGCCACGCCCCCCUACCCCCAAGCCGCCGACCAAUGAGGAGUACCCUACCAUCACCAUCGUGCAGGACGAGAAAGAUUCCCUUAUAAGGACUACUCGGUUUUGAUUCGAUUUCUUUCAAAUUUCAUAGAAAUAUGAUGGUCUCCCAAAUAUUUCUAUUUUAUGGAAAUUCCUCAACAACAUACCUGCAUCAAAACCUUUACAACUGACGUAUUCUAAAGUUGCUUUUUUCAUUGAGGUCGUUGUUUAUAUUGUCAUUGACAAUGUAUAAACUAUAUCAGUCAACGUUUUUUUAUUUGUCCAAGUAAAUAUAAGUCUAUUACUAGCAAAAACAGCUUUUUUCUGCAAUUUCUCAUUUUAGCUAAGUUCAAUGAUGUUCACCUUUACUUAACUUAAGGCAAGUAUUCUCAUCAUUGGCAACAUUUUUUGUGACGGAAAUGACCGCGAACGGGGUCCAAAUGGACCCCAUUUGGUUUCUUUCAAAUUUAUAUUCCUUUUUGCAUUCUUUCAGUGUUCUUUGCCAAAAAAAAAUUAGA